CACAUAAUCUCUAAACGCAUAACAGAAGAACUUCCAACAUUUCCCAUUCCCAUUUUACCCUCCUUGCAAACUUUUCCGAUGAUGGCAACGCUUGGUUUCGCUGUCGCUGGUCUCUCCGGUGUUCGUCCUCUCCGAUUCACCGAUGAAUGUUCUACCUCCGCUAGAUUCAUCCAGAAACCGACUUCCAAUCACUCAAAUCGCCGCAGGGUUUCAAUCCAAGCCGUAGCGGCGGUAGUCGAGUCACGGCGGCCGGCGAAGAGUCUGUACGAAGUUCUCCGACUGAAGCCGGGAGCAUCACCUACGGACAUCAAAUCGGCUUACCGAAGUCUAGCAAAGGUUUACCAUCCCGACACGGCGGCGCGAAGGUUGCCGGAGUGUGACGACGGUGACUUCAUCGAGAUCCGCAACGCUUACGAGACGCUUUAUGAUCCGUCGACGAGAGCGGUUUACGAUAUGUCGCUGAUGGCAGUGCACGGCGGAAGGAGCCGGCAGUUUUCGGCUCCGGUGACACAGAAACGGUAUUCUGGAUAUUAUACAAAUAGAAGAUGGGAAACGGAUCAAUGCUGGUAGAAAGCGUGUAAUUUAUUCCGUGAACUGAACAAAGAACUUAAAAAAAAACAAGGAAAUUAGAAAGAAAGAGUAUUGAGAUUUGAAAUUACUAAUUUUUUUCCUUUCUCAAUGGAAAUUACUAACUUUAGAUGGAGUAGAGUGGAAAACAAAAAUGAUGUAGAUUCUAUCUUUUUUUUGUGAGAAUGUAAAUCUUUUCUCUCUCAAA